GUGAUUCAGCCAAUGGAGAUGCCUAGUUUCUGGAGUGGGCGUGACUGACAAUAGCCUCAGCUAGCUAGUAGUAGAGGAAAAUCGAUCCAGGGAAUUUUUUACUAAACGAUAUCAAAUCGAUUGAACAAAACAGGGAGAGGGGAAUACCUUGCUGCAGGAGGUUUACCUGCAGUCCUUAAAAGUCCCAAUGGCUACCGACAUGCCUAUGGAAAUGGUGCCGACUCCUCCCCAUGCCCCAGCAUCGCUCCCUGACACUGCCCCAGCCUCUCCUCCUGCUGCCAGCUCCAGUGCAGCCCAAGACCAGAUUCCCACCCAGGAGCCAGCAAUAGCUGAGACCCCUGAAACAGCGGCGACGUCAGAACAAAACGGUGGUCCAGAUCUCGCUCCGGCUCAGCCUACAGACCCCGACUUGGAUCCAGGUAUCAUUCCAGGUUCUGAACAGCCGCUGACCCCUCUGGUGCCUCCAGUGCCACCAGCCAGCGCCAAGAACCCCAGCUGCAAGAUCAUGACCUUCCGGCCCACCAUGGAGGAGUUCAAAGACUUUGCAAAAUACAUUGUCUACAUGGAAAGUCAAGGAGCUCACCGUGCUGGCCUGGCAAAAGUGAUUCCACCAGAGGGUUGGAAGCCGCGAAGGUCCUAUGAUACCAUUGAGGAUAUGGUGAUUCCAGCACCCAUUACGCAGGUGGUGACUGGACAGUCAGGUCUCUUCACUCAGUACAACAUCCAGAAGAAAUCUAUGACUGUAGGCGAGUACCGCAAGCUGGCCAACAGCAAGAAAUACUGCACACCCCGACACAAAGAUUUUGAUGACCUAGAGAGGAAGUACUGGAAGAACCUCACAUUUGUGUCCCCCAUCUAUGGUGCUGAUGUCAGUGGUUCCAUCUAUGAUGAGGACAUUCAAGAGUGGAACAUUGGCCACCUGAACACACUGCUGGAUAUGGUGGAGCAGGAAUGUGGCAUUGUUAUCGAGGGUGUCAACACUCCAUACCUCUACUUUGGCAUGUGGAAGACCACAUUUGCCUGGCACACUGAGGACAUGGACCUCUACAGCAUCAACUACCUGCAUUUCGGACAGUCAAAGUCCUGGUAUGCUGUCCCACCUGAGCACGGCAAGAGGCUGGAGAGGUUGGCACAAGGCUUCUUCCCGGGCAGCUCUCAAGGCUGUGAUGCCUUUCUGCGCCACAAGAUGACGUUGAUAUCACCAUCCAUCCUGAAGAAAUAUGGCAUUCCCUUUGACAGGAUAACUCAGAAUGAAGGGGAGUUCAUGAUCACCUUUCCGUAUGGCUACCAUGCUGGCUUCAACCAUGGCUUCAAUUGUGCCGAGUCCACAAACUUUGCCACCCUGCGCUGGGUGGACUACGGCAAGAUGGCUACCCAGUGUACCUGUCGUAAGGACAUGGUGAAGAUCUCCAUGGAUGUGUUUGUGCGCUGCCUGCAGCCAGAUCGUUAUGAGUUAUGGAAACAGGGCAAAGACAGCACGGUGCUGGACCACCUCAAGCCCACUGAGCUCAACAGCCCCGAACUGGAGCGCUGGAGGCAGCAUCGUGUAACCCUACGAGCAAACCUCCUGCGAAGGGCUAUGCAGAAGAUGAAGCAGGUCCGUCGUCUAAAGCUGGAGGAGGUGAAGGUGCUGGCAGAGGAAGGCAUUGAACUGAAUGCUGCUGAAUACCAGCGUCAGGUGGAGGAGCGUGAGGCCCUGCGGAGACAGGAGAGGGAGGAGCGUCUAGCCAGAGAGGCCAUGAUGACCCUGGAGGCCAUGGAGCGCGAGGAGCAGGAAGCUGCUGAGGCCGCUGCCAGAGCAGCAGAGACUCAAACUGCAAAUGGUGCGGACAAACCUGAGGCCAAACCACAGAGCUUGAUUGAGGACAGUGAGAAAAAGAAGCACAAAAAGCCGAAGAAGAUGUUAAAUACCAACAAUGCCAUCACUGGGUUUGAGGAAGCCUUCGAGCAGUUUGCUACCUCGAGUUCUAAGAAUUCAAAGAAUGCCACGGUCGGUCGGCCAGAGGUGGGCAGCCCUCUUACCCCAAAACAGAGUGACGUUCCAGCGGACAGCAAGGCAUGUUACUCCAAAAUGAAGAUGCCAACAGAAGUGAAAAAGAGCCGCCGUCACCCCCUCAGCAAGCCACCCAAACGCUCCCCUUUGUCCAUCUUAAAGCAAGAUCCAACCAGUGACAAAGAACUGCCCUCCCCCAUGCCACUGGAUAACGACAUGAAGAAACAGGAGCACCUGUGGCAGAAUCAAUCACCCAACUUCCUGGCAGAGAAGGCCUUCAAUGCUGCAGUGGCAGCACUUCAACCACACUGUGCUAUCUGUUCUCUCUUCUGUCCGUACACAAAGCCACACAAAGAUGUCUUCGUUUCGAACGACGCCUAUCGCGCCUCCCUUCCCCGCCAUGGCAGUCUGACUCGUCCGCUGGUCCCAGAGAUGUGCUUUAGUGUCGGCGCUUGCAACACUGAGCCUCCACCGACUAACUAUCAUAUUGGAGAGGAUGGAACCAGUCUUCUGCUCUGCUGUUCAUCUUGCCAGAUGCAGGUUCAUGCCAGUUGCUAUGGUGUAAAGCCAGACUCUGUCGGUGAAUCCUGGAUGUGCUCCAGGUGUGCAACAGGAGCCUGGACAGUGGAGUGCUGUCUUUGUAACUUGCGAGGAGGGGCUUUGAAGACUACCACAGACAACCGGUGGGUCCAUGUCAUCUGUGCCAUCGCUGUGGCUGAAGCUCGCUUUGUGAACGCCAUUGAGAGGGAACCGGUGGACGUCAGCGCCGUCCCAGAAUCACGCAAGAACCUUAAGUGUGUGUUCUGCCACAGCAAGAAUGCCAAUCAGAAUCGUGGCGCCUGCAUCCAGUGCUCGUACGAGAAAUGUGCCACCUCCUUCCACGUCACUUGCGCCCAGAUUGCCGGUGUCGUCAUGACGCCGGCCGACUGGCCCUACGUGGUGUCUGUCACCUGCCACAAGCAUAAAAGAGUCCCUCCGAAGCCUCGGAAAGCACCCAAAGGCCCACAAUGUCUGAACCUGGGCCAGAAGGUGAUUGGCCGCAACAGUGACGGCUGGUACUACCACUGUACCAUCAUCGGCAUGGCAACACAGACGUUCUACGAGGUCAACUUUGACGACGGCUCGUAUUGUGACAACGUGCACCCAGAAAACAUAUUAAGUCACGACUGCCUGCGUACCGGUCCUCCUGACGUGGGAGAGGUGGUUGUGGUCAGCAUGCCCGAGGGUCAGGUCCUCAACGCUUCUUUUGUCAAACAGCACGCUCACAAUUUCUACCAGGUCGAGUUUCAGAACCUGAGUCAACUGAUGCUAAAACCCUCAGAGAUCCAUCAGCUGGAUCAGGAGCUGCCCAAGAGGGUCCAGGCCAGACUGGCCAUCUCUGUACCACAACAGGAGGCUUCCUCACCAGAUGAAGCCCAAGCAGCCAAACGCCGUCGCCUGCCCUCAGGUUCAGCCCUGCCCACUGAAACGCCCAUGGAGACAGCCAGUAAGCCUGCCAGCCCCUUGACUAUCUCCCCGGUAACAGCAGCACCAGCAGCAGCAGCAGCAGAACAUCCCAGUAUUAGUACACCUGCGACCUCACAACCUCAGCCCCAGCCCACCACGACCCCACAAGAUGCCCCCGCCCCGCCCAGUGGAAUCCAGAUGGACACUGAGACCGCAAUGGACACAAGCGCCGCCCGCACCGACGUUCCAGCGGCGCCAACCUCAGCCACGGACCCCGUCCUGACUCCACAUUCUGCUCCUUUUCAGUCGACGUUGAACUCUGACCCCCUCCUGUCCACCCCGUCCCCUGCCCCGCCUCCCCAGCACAUGUCUGACGGCUACAUGCCGAGCAGCGGUUACGUUUCCUACAUGGAGACCCUCCUCAAUUCACAUUUCCCUCAGGACGAUGGCACCGGAUCCUUGUAUUAAAAUCUGACUCCACUUUAUUGUUACUCAGCCAGUGGAGGCUGAGCUCAUAGGAAGUAAGCUAAUGGAGGCGGAUCUACUGAGUGCUGUAUUAAUGGACAAAAACAUUUCCUCUGCCGGCUCUGAGAGGUCAGGGCAGGAGAAGGAAAGGACACAGACACACAAGCACUCUUUUAAUGCAUGUUACUUUUCUAUUUUUGAUUUAAUGUAUUUGCAGUGGUGCUUUACCCUGCUUUGAUACAGCAGCUAAAGAGGACAUCUUUUUUUUUUAUGAUUAUAUUAUUGUUUGUUUGUUUUUGUUUUUUGGGUUGUUUUUUUUUUAGGCCUUUUUGCUUUUUUUCCUGUUUUUGGUCAGCUGCUAUGCUUUUCUCCUCCAUCUUAAUAUGAAUACUUGUCUGGGGGAUAUCAACUCCAUACCUCGUUGCAUUAAUUCAAUAACAGCACACUCCUGUUUUCUUCUUACAGGAAGAUAAUUACUAUGACUCAGCGUUGACGAGCUGGUGGACUGUUUUUCUUUUUUAAAUCAGAUAACCAGCAACAAAAUGUCUAUUUUUCAAUCCAGCCAAGGCUCAAGGCUUUGAAACCGGUGGAAACAAAGUGUCACAUUGUCCCGCUACAGGAUAUUUUCAGUAAGGUGUUUUAUUCUCAGAUUGCAAGAGGUAAAUAGGGGUUAAAAAAAAAAAUGUAUUGUUGGGAAACUCAGUAUUUAAAUGUCUUAGUCAAAUAUUGAAAGAAUUAUUUGUAUUAGAGGAAACCAGUUGAAUGCAAACACUAGUAGAUUUGUCUGCAGGAUGCAUUAAAUUUUUUGUGAAGAUGUGUCACAGUAGUUAACAGGUGAGAUCCUUUAUGUAUUGACGUUAUUCGGUCAUUUGGUGGUUCCACUUUUCAUACCCCAAAACUGUCUCAGGGUUCCUACAUGUGAAAAAUAUAUUAAGUUUUAACAUCUAAGUAUUCAUACAAUUAAUGAAGUACAGAACAGCCCAGAAAACUGCCUCAAAAUAUUCCCUAACCAUAAUUGGCAUCUUUUAUAUUGUCACUUUUGCUCCCGUUAACAGUUUGUCUGAGUGAUAUCUUUAUUUACUGUCACAUUUCUCCUAUCAGCAUGUAAGCAAUGAAGUCUUGAAAGUGUCUGAUCUUUGGAAAAAGGAAAAUAUGUAGGAACCCUAAAAUCUGGAAAUAUUUUCUACCAUUCUUUAAUUAAAUUGUAUGUAUAAAUCAAUAUUGUAUAUUAAUAUUGUCUGUGUUUUCUAUUACUGUAUCCUUUAUAUGUUUGUUUUUUUUUCCUGAAAUGAAUUCACAAACUGGGCCAAUCUGAAAUAUUAAUAUCUUUAUUUUUGACAGAGUGUCAGAGGCAUUUUAUUUGGUUUGUACUGGUAAACACAGUUUUCUUUUUUAGGAUGUGGUCACUUUGUGCUACAGAGGUGCUGCAGAGAUAUUAAACUACUGAUAACCUAAGGUUCCUAGUACUGUCACCACUGUAACAUAUUGCAGGCCUUGUGUAUUGUGAAUGAAAUUUGUAAAUGUCCCACAUAUACCCCCACCCCUCACCCCUCCUUUAUCACAAAUGAGAUGUUGGAACACUUUUGUGUUCCUUUACCCAAAUGAUAUCCAUCAAGAAAAUCUUACUUCAUAGGAAUUAAAGUGGGUUGCUAGUCACCA